CCCCCGCCGCUCCUUCCGCCGCGGCGCUGCCGCCCUCCGCGCGUCACUUCCGGGUGUGUCCGCCCCGCCGCCAGGAUGAUUCCGCCGGUGCAGGUCUCGCCGCUCAUCAAGUUCUCGCGGUACUCGGCCCUGCUGGUGGGGAUGAUCUACGGGAAGAAGCGAUACGACUACCUGAAGCCCAUCGCCGAGGAGGAGAGGCGCGUGGAGGCCGAAGAGAAGAAGAAGCGCGAGGAGCUGGAGCGAAUCGCGAAGGAGCUCGCGGAAGCAAGUGAAGAUACCAUAUUGAAAUGAACAGAAGAUUGGAUCACACUUUCAUUCAUGAAAAUAUCUGGCUAGGCGCUGAACAGUUUAACUCUGCACAUUAUUCUAUCAAUAAAGGACUUAAAACAUUC